UCCCACUUUUGAGGUAAGCCCCUCUCACUUGGCGGUCUCCAGGCUGCAGCAAUUUUCUCGCGCUGAGUCCCGGGCCGUGAGGAGGGUGGCGGUUGUGCGCAUGCGCGCGAGCAGCGGUCUUCUCCCCUUUAUUAUUGUUAUUAAUGAUGGCGGAAUAAACGCACGCGCACACAGCAGACUGUACAGCUCUCAGGUGACUGUAUCCCCAUGGGGAGUGUGUGUGUGUGCACGCAGCAUGUCGGUGUCGAGCAGUGACGCGUGUCUCAGCAUUGUGCACAGUCUGAUGUGCCACCGGCAGGGUGGUGAGAGUGAGAGCUUCAGUAAGAGAGCCAUCGAGAGUCUGGUGAAGAAACUGAAGGAGAAGAAAGAUGAACUCGACUCUCUGAUCACCGCCGUCACCACCAACGGAGCUCAUCCCAGCAAGUGUGUUACUAUACAGCGCACCCUCGACGGGAGACUACAGGUUGCUGGCCGUAAGGGCUUUCCCCAUGUGAUCUAUGCGCGGUUAUGGCGGUGGCCUGAUCUCCAUAAGAACGAGCUGAAACAUGUGAAAUACUGCCAGUACGCCUUUGACCUGAAGUGUGACAGUGUGUGUGUAAACCCCUACCACUACGAGAGGGUGGCAUCACCUGGUAUCGAUCUGUCUGGACUGAAUCUGGGUGGAACAGGGCCCAGUGCAGGUCUCUUGGUAAAGGAGGAAUUUGACCCUCAACCGUCUCACUCCAGCUCUGAUGUAUCACACAGUAUUCAGACCAUCCAGCAUCAGCCUGCCCCCUCUCAACCAGCCCCACCCACUUCCACACGCCCCCCACUCCCUGAGACUUUCAGCAGCCCUGCACUUAUGCCACCGCCCGAGGCAGGAAGCUCUGCCCCCAGUCCUGCUUUCUCCAGCAUGGCUCCUACCCCAGCCUCAGGUGGUGGCUCCUGGCCGAGAGGGAGUGGCUUUCCAACAAACCUGACCAAUCCAAGCGGGGCUUUGCAGCACCACCCACCUCAGUACUGGCCUGUACAUAAUGAACUGAUCUUCCAGCCCCCGAUAUCUACACAUCCAGCUCCAGAUUACUGGUGUUCUAUAGCGUAUUUUGAGAUGGAUGUUCAGGUGGGCGAGACUUUUAAGGUGCCGUCUUCAUGUCCGGUGGUGACAGUGGAUGGUUAUGUGGAUCCAUCAGGAGGAGAUCGGUUCUGCCUGGGCCAGCUCAGCAACGUUCACCGCACAGAGGCCAUCGAGAGAGCCAGGUUGCACAUUGGUAAAGGGGUACAGUUGGAGUGUAAGGGUGAGGGUGAUGUUUGGGUACGAUGCCUUAGUGACCACGCCGUGUUUGUCCAGAGUUAUUAUCUGGAUCGGGAAGCUGGGCGUGCACCAGGUGAUGCUGUCCACAAAAUUUACCCCAGUGCUUACAUCAAGGUGUUUGACCUGAGGCAGUGCCACCGGCAGAUGCAGCAGCAGGCAGCAACGGCUCAGGCAGCAGCAGCAGCUCAGGCUGCAGCAGUCGCAGGAAACAUACCAGGACCCGGAUCAGUAGGAGGGAUAGCACCAGCUAUCAGUCUAUCUGCGGCAGCAGGUAUCGGGGUGGAUGAUCUGCGACGGUUGUGUAUUCUGCGCAUGAGUUUUGUGAAAGGUUGGGGUCCUGAUUAUCCUCGUCAGAGCAUCAAAGAGACGCCAUGUUGGAUUGAGAUUCACCUACACAGAGCGCUGCAGCUGCUGGACGAGGUUCUGCACACCAUGCCUAUAGCUGAUCCUCAACCACUUGACUGACCUGACCUCUGAGUGUUCCUCACCCCAAACACUCAACUCGCCGAACACCCAAGUCAUCUGGCUGACCUCUGACCCCUCACUCAAAUGACCUUCAGAACCCUGAAUGAACUUUGACUUCUAUCGGCUUUCCUCAAUGCUGGAUGGAACGAGGCUCAUGUCUGUCUCUCGGCCCUGUGUAACUCCGUAUUUAAGAUGGUGAGCACUGGAGCGGAGAGACUCCUCAGCACAGAGUGUGUAAAUAAACACGAAGGUGUUAAAGUGUGUGUGAUUACAGGUAGAUGUUAUUGUAGCUCAGUCGGGUGUGUAUGAGGAGCGGUGAUUAACAUGCCCUCGUUACUGUAUGAUUACACCUAAUAACAGAUUGAAACUAUUAACCUUUAUGUUAGCACUCGUACACACACUGAGCUCAUCUCACACACAUCACUGUGAUGACAACGACAGCACAAGAACCACAGGAACCUCAUCAGAACCACUGAGGAAGAGCACGGUUCUACUGGAACACUACCAGAACUUGAAGGAACUCUCCAAACACACACUUCAGGAGGUGUGCAUCACACAAGCUGUACUGAGUCCGGACGAGGCUGUGGCAACGUCACGUAUCCAACACGAUGUAAACAUCGCAGGAAACACAAUCACAGUAAUAAUCUGCAUUUAGAAGUUUGAUGCAGCAGAAAACCAUGUUAGAGUCACGACUUUGUAAUGGAGUCACAAUAAACACCAUCCAGUGUUCCCUGUGUUCCAGGCCUGGUUUUUUCUCCUGGUUUGGUCAUUUGCCAGUUCUCCCCUAUCAUACCACAGCUACCAACUGGGGAGGGUGCAGGUUAAAAUGUAAAGCCAUCACAUCAACCCACUGCUUGUGCUACAUCACAUUCAGGGGAAAGUGUUGUCUGCCUUCUUCUGCAUAUAUGGUCUCACAGACACCUGCUAGUGUUUCUGUGGAGAGAGAGCGCAUGCCCCUCCCACCCAGACAGCAUGGAAGACUGAUUGUUGGGAUUUGAACUAGUGAUCUGAGGAUAGGGAGAAAAAGUUUGUUCUUUUGCCAGAUAGUCAAGUCACUGUAGACCUCUGAUGCACAAAUGACCCAGAAUUCACUGCUGCAGUCGGACAGUUUCCUGUUUCAGAGUGUAGGAUGGAGCGUUUGUAUGUGUAAACUGGACCAGUGUUUUAGAAUACAAUACAUUUACGAUCUGUUCAUUCUCACUUUAAUCUCAUUUGCUUACUGUUAGAUCACAGAUUUCUUGCCCUUGAGAAUCUCUGAGAACUUUGCUGUGAAGAUCAGCAUACACUGCAUUAUGGAAAUGGAGAACAGUGUAUCCGGUUAACGUCUGGUCUCUCUGGGCCUGGCCCCAUGGCAAUAAGUGGUACUGGGUACAGACCAAUUUAUUUAUGUGUGAAAUGUUAAAUGCGGAUUUACCUUGGACCCUGUCAUUGCGAAUAGGAAUAUUAAGAUGUACUUUUCAGCCUUAAAAAUAAAGCACACACAAAUGUUUUCGAAAAUUUUAUUUCAAAAACGAAGAGAGCUUCGUUUCUGUGUGAAUGAGACGGAACAGAACUGGUGCCGCAGAGAGCAGGAACAUAAACGUGAAGAAUGCACCUGUUUAUUUAAACUAGUUUACACAAUAAACAUAACUCUUUUAUUUUAAUCUAUACACUGAUCAGUAUACUACACUUAAUGUGAAUAACACCAAAAACAUCAGUGUAACACUGCUCAGAG